AUGAAAUGCUUAAAAUUGUGCGUAAAAUUAUCUUUUCCGAAAAAUCGCUUUCGCAAUACGCCACUGUGUGAACUUAUGUGGCCUAUGUUUUUGAUGUUAUUUCGUUUCAAAUAUAACUGUCAUUCUCAUGUCAUUAGUGUCACGUACUGUUUGUUUUUUGCUUGUCACUGUCUUUGUUCUGUCAGUCUGUGUUUUGUAUUCGAAGAGAACAGUCUAAUUUCUGUGAUUUUUGUAAUUAUCAAUCCAAAUUGUCUUGUGUUGGUGUUGUGGCAAUUUUUAUUAACAAAAGUACAGUUAACAAUUGCCAAUUUCGUCUCCUAUCGGAGCAUUUUUUUAUCGAACGGCUUAAAUGUGAGCAGCAACAUGUACCUGCUGCUAUUUAUCUUACUGUUCACGAAAUCCCUUCAAAUCGCCACUGGCGCAGAAUUCGAUAACGAUAUCAGGACCCUCUUCGGCGAUGCCGAGGACACUCACGGCGCCCGGACGCCUCGAAUAUUCGACGUCCCGGCGCAGCAAUUCGACGGCACAAGCGGAGCCCCCCGGCACAGAAGAGAGGCACCCAGCUCGAACCCGAAUAUAAUAACAAAGGUGAACUUGCUAAACGAUACCCAUAAGCAAUUGAUGGUGCAUUGGGUGGGCAAGCAGAGCAAAGUAAUCAUAUGCCUGGCUCGCGAUCCGGCUCCCCUAAUUCCCGGCUUUGUGACGCUUUCCACGUCGACGGUUUUCAUCUCCUAUGAUGAUGGGGAUUCGUAUGUUAAUAAAACGGACAGCUUCAAAUUGGCCGAUGGUAAAUACGCUACUUUGGAAAAGUUUUACAAUCAUCCUAAGUACAAUUCACAAUUCGUAUUUACCGACGUGAAAAACAACGUUAUAUUCGUAACGAUGAACGAAGGAGUAACAUUUAAAAGGAUCGACUUAAAUUUCACGCCCUCCGAUAUAUCUUUCCACCCGCUAAAUCCAACCCUGUACGUCGCCUUGGACAAAAACGAUACCAAAAACAAGCUAUGGGUGACCAACAAUUUCGGCUCGACGUUCAACGUUUUGUACGAAUACGUGAAGUCCUACCAUUGGAUAAAGGACGACCACGAUCUCGUGGUUCAAAGAUUAGAGCCCAACAAUUUCGGUACGAUCGUCUAUUCCAAGCAAUUACUACCGCAUACGGUGUGGUCCAUCUACUCCACGCACAUUAAAGAUUUCUACGUCAAAGGCGACUACUUAUUUACUACGAAGGUUACCUCGACUGGAGAUUUGCAAUUGUACGUCUCGCACAAAACCGGCAAACAGAUUUCGUGCGUCUUCGAUACAAACGAGAAAAUCCUCAAUUACUUCGUAGUGGACGUGGCGGAGGGUAGAGCUUUAGUAGCCGCAGGACACAGUAAUACUUCGUCAAAUCUCUACGUCUCCGACGAUCUAUCCGCCAGCGGUAAAGACGUGAAAUUCGUUCUAUCAUUGAAGGAUCUCUUCGUGUUCUUCCCCACUACUUCCUGGCAAGACACUUGGUUGCAUCACAUGUCCGACGAAGCCUUCGCCGAUGUCCACAAAGUCGAAGGGCUGUCGGGCAUUUACAUCGCCUCCCAGUUGACAUCGAAGCCGUCGGGCAACAUGCUGGGUCCCCAACACUUGGGCUCCGUCAUAACGUUCGAUCACGGCGCUUCGUGGAGGCCCAUUCAACCGCCGGCCUACGACGUCGAAGGCCAAUCGACCGGCUGCGUGACCACCAGGAAUUGCUCGUUGCACUUGAGCCAGAAAUUCAGCCAGUUGUUGCCCGAUACCAGAUCGGUCGGAAUUCUAUCGACGAAAUCCGCGCCCGGGAUCAUCAUGGCGACCGGAGUGUUGGGUAAAAGUCUGAAAGGCCACUACGGGGUGUACAUAAGUUUGGACGGGGGUGUGACGUGGCGACAGACGCUCAGAGACUUGUACUUCUUCAAUAUGGGCGAUCACGGAGGCAUUCUGACGGCGGUGAAGUACUUCAGGACGAAAGGGGAGACGAGGUUCAUCGAGUAUUCGACGGACGAAGGUCGAUCGUGGAACACCACACAUUUCCACAACGAGAAAAUGCGGCUGUACGGUUUGAUGACCGAGCCGGGAGAGAACACCACCGUUUUCACCAUGUUCGGUUCGUGGCCCGAGUACCAUCAGUGGAUCAUCGUGAAGAUCGAUCUCACCAAGGUGUUCGAUCGAUCGUGCACUAAGGAUGAUUACAAAAUGUGGACGCCGAGUUAUAGUAAAGAAAACAGGAAUUAUAUACCGUGCCCGAUGGGGAAGCAAACCACCUACCAGAGACGAAUGCCUCUAGCUAAUUGCCUAAUCGGUUUGGACUACGUACGGGAGAUAUCGAGCGUUAACUGCGAAUGCGAUCUCAACGAUUUCGAAUGCGACUUCGGAUUCGCGAAGGCGGGCUCGCCGUCCCGUUGCGUCCGCGAAUCGAACGCCACGGUGGAUUUGUACAAGGUGCCGCCGACGUGCAAACCGGGCGACUACUACAACCGCACCAAAGGCUACCGUAAGAUAUCCGGCGACGCCUGCAUCGGCGGCUUCGAAUCCCACUACCUGCCCGACAGCGUGCCCUGUCCCUUCGAGGAAAUCCAGGAUUUCAUACUGUUCGCGCAGCGCGAACGCAUCUCGCGCUACAAUUUGGUGACGAAGAAACUGGAAACGCUGCCCGUGCCGAACCUGAAGAACGUCAUCGCCAUCGAUUUCGAUCUGGGCGAGAACUGCGUGUAUUGGGCGGACAUAGCCGACGAUACGAUCGGCAGGCAAUGUCUGGAAGGCAACAAAACGGAAAUUCUCAUAUCGACCGAUCUGGCUUCGAUCGAAGGCAUGGCCUUCGACUGGAUAUCCAAAACGCUCUAUUUCGUCGACGGGGUACGCGCUAAAAUCGAGCUGAUCCGGACGAACAUCAAUCACAGCGGUCGGAUGAGGAGGACUAUUUUGAAUUCGACCGUCUUGCAUAAACCCAGAGGUAUCGUGUUGCAUCCGAAAGAAGGCUACAUGUUUUGGACGGAUUGGUCGGCUGAUAAUCCAUCGGUGAACCGGGCCAAUUUGGACGGUAGCAACAACCUGACGUUGUUCGGAAAAGACAAGGUGGAAUGGCCGAACGGCAUAACGAUCGAUUACAUCGCCAACAGGAUAUACUGGGUGGACGCCAAAUUGGACUACAUCGGCAGCUCCGAUUUGCACGGAGACGGUUUCUCCAAAGUGAUAUCGGACAACGAAGUGGUCACGCACCCGUUCGCCAUAUCGGUGUUCAAAAACAACAUGUUUUGGGACGACUGGAAGAGGAAUUCGAUUUACAGCGCCGACAAGGACAAUUUCAAAGGGGUCGAGGUGAUUCUGAAGCUGAUGCCGGGCCUCAUGGACUUGAAGGUGUUCGCGCACGGCGUGCAGAUCGGCUCGAACAAAUGCGCCCGGUCCGAUUGCCCUUACAUUUGCGUCGGUUUGCCCAAGAACGGACAUGCCUGCCUCUGUCCCGACGGGUUGACGAUGAAGAACGGGAAGUGCAUGUGCCCCGGCGACGUCGAGCCGACGAACAACUUGAUUUGCCCCACCGUCGAUAACACGUGCAAUCCCGAGCAUUUCACCUGCAGCAAUCACAUGUGCAUACCGAAAGGGUGGAAGUGCGACGGGGAAGACGAUUGCGGUGAUGGAUCCGACGAAUACCAGUGCAAUACCGAGACUUGCCCUCCAUCGUUCUUCGUUUGCGGAGAUGGUAAAUGCUUGCCGAAUUAUUGGAGAUGCGAUUUCGAUGUCGAUUGCGCCGACGGUUCGGACGAGGCGAAAUGCCCCAAACAAAACUGCACCGAAGGCCAAUGGGCGUGCGAAAACGGACGAUGCAUCUCGGCCAAAUGGAGAUGCGACGGUGAAAACGAUUGUCGCGACGGCUCCGACGAAAGAAACUGCAACGACGGCAAACCCAUCAAAUGCAAAAACGACGAAUUCCACUGCACCAGCGGCAGCAUCACCUGCAUACCCACCACGUGGAAGUGCGACGGCGAGCCGGACUGCACCGACCGAUCGGACGAGGACUCCUGCUCGGACAACACCUGCAACGCCUCGCAGAUGUCCUGCGGCCCGCCGACCAACCGUUGCAUCUACUCGACGUGGGUGUGCGACGGCGACAGGGACUGCGCCGACGGCAGGGACGAGAAGAACUGCUCGGUCAACACCGACGUGCCCAAAUUACCCGACGAAUUCGACAGCAAAAACGGCACGUGCCAGGAUUGGAUGUACCGGUGCAGGAACAAGCGCUGCAUACCGUUCUGGUGGAAGUGCGACGGCGCCGACGAUUGCGGCGACAACAGCGACGAGGCGGGCUGCUUGGAUUUGAAUCCCACCGUCGAACCGGUCGCGACCAACAAGCCUAACGCACUCUGCGACAGUAACCAAUUCCAAUGCGACGUCGGCGAUUGCAUACUGUCGUCGUGGGUGUGCGACGGCACCGACGACUGCAAGGACGGCGAGGACGAGAGGAAUUGCGAAAACUCGAGGAACUGUCUACUCAGUCAGUUCAAAUGCCGCAUCGACGGUAGCUGCAUACCUUUGCAUGCUGUGUGCGACGAUCAUUUCGAUUGUCCGGACGGUACAGACGAAUCGUCCUGCGAGCAGAACUUGCCCGACGGGCCUAGCUCGCCUAGUUGCAGCCUGGGCUUGUUCCCUUGCGAUGAAACCUGCCUACCUUUGUCCCUUCGAUGCGACGGUAAAAUCGAUUGUAAAGACGGCUACGACGAGAAAAACUGCUCCGAAGUACCUAGAGUGUACCAAGUUACUUGGAUGGAACUAGACGAAAGAUAUACAAACGACACGUCGCUGUACUUGCACUGGUGGAUCGUACAUCCGAAUAACGUGAGUUUCGAAUUCCAACCGUCGAUCAAGAAAGUGGGAGAGGAGAGUUGGAAGAACGAAACGUGGACCAGCCAUUUCUUCUACCAGUUCACCAACCUGCAGCCGUUUACCAAAUACAACAUUACCGUGUACGUGAGAACGAAGGAUACCGACGUCGUGCACCCGUCGGCCGUGUUUAAGGAAGUGUCGACGAGCGAAGGGGUGCCCAGCGAGCCCUACAACGUCACGGUGAAACAGGACAACGGCGGUAAAGUGUUGGUCGCCUGGAACAAGCCUCUCGUGCCCAACGGCGAGAUAACAUCGUACGAAAUCAGCUGGAAAUCCGCCAAAUCGUCGGAGGUUAAAUUGAAGUUGUCGGGAGUGGAAACCGCGCACCUUUUGUCCGCUUACUUCGAGCCCAACGUCAGCUACACGUUUUGGGUGGCUGCUAAUAACGUGAGGUACUCGAGCCAGAAAUCCUUGCCGGCUCAUUUAAUAAUGGACACGGAUCAGUUGUUCAAUCACAUCAAAGAUUUCCAAAUCAACGAAGCUAAUGACUUUGUCAGUUGGAAGUACGAUUUGGAAGCGGAGGGUUUCAAAGUGAAAAUUAUCCCCGAGGACUCCUAUCCGGCAAUGGAUCCUCUCGAAACGAAAACGCAAAAUAUAUCUGUGAAAUUAGCGCCCGGUGUCACCUACAAAUUCGAGAUUAACGCGUUUUCGAAGGACCUCGAAGGCCCUUCGAAAUUCGUGACGAUCAAGACCAAGGGAAAGCCUUUGCAGGACAUCAACACAUUGCAAGUUACGCUACUAAAAGACAUCGGUACAGCGGUUAAAUUAAGGUGGGAGAAACCUAAAGACGUCAAGAAAAUCAAUUGGUUAUACGGCGUUUACUACGGCGUCUCCGAAGAGGAACUCUUUGAAAAAGCGAAGAACACGACGGUGUACGAAAACAUAACGAUAACGAACUUGGACGCCUGCGAGAAUUACCUGUUCUCGGUGGGGCUCGUGGGCCCCUUGGGCGUCGGUCCUCUAUCCGGAAAUCUCAAGCAAAUCAGCACCUCGCGCAAUCCGAAAGCGCCUCCGAAAAGAAUCGAAGUGGACGUCGCCGACGGGGAUCCUCUCAAGAUGCGAAUACGCUGGUCCCCACCGUGUCCCUCGACGCCUCCUGAAUCCUACAUCAUUCAAAUUACUGAAAAAUGCACGAGUCUAACGUACCAUCGCGAGGUCAACGGAUCCAAACCGACCAGUUACGUGUUCAACGUGCUGUACGGAGGAGUGUACGAAGUCAAAAUAGCUACAAAAGUACCCGGAAUGAUUUAUUCCAAACCGAAAGUGUACCACGCACCUCCGAUUUCCCCUCCGGUUGAAAUCAAGGUAACUUCGGAGCAAAACGGCAGCUACGUGGUGUCCUGGAAGGACUCGAACCUACCGUCGAACGUCGGCAAGUUCAAGUACGAAGUAUUAGUGCAACACGGGAAUUCGUUAAACGAAUCCACCGCCGAGAUUUACGUGAUAGAUAAGCCGCCGUUCGUUUACACGAACUACUCAUCGAACACGUACACGUUCGCUGUGAGAAUAAGAACGUACAAGGGUUUGAUAACGCAGACGUCGGAGCGGGUCAGCAAGGAGAAUUUGAACGCCGAGGCUCCGCCUAACAUGACCGUGAUCGUCGUGCCCAGUAUUAUCGUUCUGCUAGCGCUGAUUGGCGUAAUCGUCUUCUUCAUCAUUAGGAACAAGAAACUCCAGAGUAGCUUUACGCGCUUUACUAAUUCCCAUUACAAUACGCGGUCUGAAGCUGCCACAUUCGAUGACAAUAAUUUGGAAGAGGACGACAGUCCUCACAUUCGAGGAUUCUCCGAUGACGAACCGCUUGUUAUUGCGUAA